AUGCGGGAUAUCCUCCCUCAGCGUCUUGCUCCUGUCCCCGACAGAUCGGCUCGGAGAUGGCCUAUGAACUGCGAUCCUUCGGUCCACUUUGGAAGGGGUAUAUCCAUCGACACGCUCCUGACAAAGAAUAUAGCACUCAUCGCGGGAAUGAUGCAUGAUGAUUGGCAUCCGUCGUCCAAGAGAUUUUGGUCCGGCAACGACCAGAAAAUAUACGUUAAAGUGCAAUGGCCCGAUCACAAUACCCAAGAUACGCGAUACGCGGAAACUGGCAUAGCUCUCGGUUCAACAAACUACGUCAAUAAAGCCAAGCUUGCCAUCGACGUCGGUCAGGUCGUGGACGAGAUGAUGGAGCGUGUUCUCGCAAACCGUCCCGGAGAGCACCGCUGCUGGGCAGUGAGCACGAAUGAAAAACUCGGCCUCACACGGCGCGACGUUUACCUAUAUGCCCUCCAUUAUGUCGGCGGGUACACCUUUCAGCCUGAGCUUCAAGUCGAUCCAUCGAGGCAACGUCGGUUGUUCCCUGCGAUCAAGGCACCGACUGCAAAAUGCCCCUGCACCCCGGCCGAGAGGAGUGCAGCCACAGGGAUGUAUGUUCUUCCUGGGCACAAAGCUUGUUUGAAGGCCAGCGACGCCAAGGACCACCCUGCGGGGGUUUUCCCGACGGUGCAUUGUGGCAAGAAUGGGUUCAGCAUCUACAAGAUCCUAUCGACCGCUGAAAGCGAACUAGCGGGGAUGCUGCACGACGACAUGGACACACCGUUCCGAAAGUACCCCCAAUUGAGCAAAAUCAGGCUUGCGAUCUAUUGGCCCGACCAUGCUGAGCUCACGCGUCAAGUGGUAGACAUACCAGUCGUGAAAGAUGGCCUUCACAUCACUAAAGCUCAGCUUGCGAGGCGGGUUUGUGAAAUUACGGCCGCAGUCAUGGAGAAAUGCAGGAUGGCCACUCCGCAACAGCACUGCUGUUGGGCCAUCGCCACAGAGAAGGAAUACGGCUUGACAAAUGAGUGUAUCUAUCUGUUCGACCUGCACCAUGUCGGCGGCAUAAUGUUCCACCCUGAGUUCCACGUCGCACCAUCCAAGGCGCCUCAUUUGUUUCCUUUUCCGCGGUGCAGGGCUAGAAACGAGGCGGCUUAGCCUUCAAGCA